CGGCACCCGCACCCGUCCGAGGAGGAAGCAUCAUGGCUGCGACCACUUGUACACGCUUUACUGAUGAAUACCAGCUGUACGAGGAGCUUGGCAAGGGGGCCUUUUCAGUGGUGCGCCGCUGUGUCAAACUCUGCUCAGGCUUAGAGUUCGCCGCCAAAAUCAUCAACACCAAAAAACUCUCGGCCAGAGACCAUCAGAAGCUGGAGAGAGAAGCCCGCAUCUGCAGAUUGCUCAAGCACUCCAACAUCGUUCGUCUCCAUGACAGUAUCUCAGAGGAAGGCUUCCACUAUUUACUCUUUGACCUGGUGACAGGAGGGGAGCUGUUUGAGGACAUUGUGGCUAGAGAAUACUACAGUGAAGCAGAUGCCAGUCAUUGCAUCCAGCAGAUCCUGGAGGCCGUGCUCCACUGUCAUCAGAUGGGGGUGGUACAUAGAGACCUCAAGCCGGAGAACCUGCUGCUGGCCAGCAAGUGUAAGAACGCAGCAGUGAAGCUGGCUGACUUUGGACUGGCAAUCGAGGUUCAAGGAGACCAGCAGGCUUGGUUUGGCUUUGCAGGCACCCCCGGCUAUUUGUCCCCAGAGGUUCUGAGGAAGGAGGCGUAUGGCAAACCUGUGGACAUCUGGGCCUGUGGUGUGAUCCUGUACAUCCUCUUGGUUGGAUACCCUCCGUUCUGGGAUGAGGACCAGCACAAACUCUACCAGCAGAUCAAAGCUGGAGCGUAUGAUUUUCCCUCCCCAGAGUGGGACACGGUGACUCCGGAGGCUAAAAAUCUGAUCAACCAGAUGCUUACUAUCAACCCAGCCAAGCGAAUCACUGCCCAGGAGGCUCUGAAGCACCCAUGGGUCUGCCAACGCUCAACAGUGGCCUCCAUGAUGCACAGGCAGGAGACAGUGGAGUGCCUGAAGAAGUUUAACGCCAGGAGGAAACUCAAGGGGGCCAUUUUGACCACCAUGCUCGUCUCCAGGAACUUCUCUGUCGGUCGGCAGACCACAGCCCCCGCUGCCAUCAGUGUUGCAGCUAGUACCACCGCUGGCAUCGUGGAACAAGCAGCCAAGAGUCUCCUGAACAAGAAGGCUGAUGUCAAGGGAUCAUCGGACAGUAGCACCACGACUAUUGAGGAUGAAGAUGUGAAAGCUCGCAAACAGGAGAUCAUAAAGAUCACAGAGCAGCUGAUCGAAGCUGUCAACAACGGGGACUUUGAAGCCUACGCGAAGAUCUGCGACCCUGGCCUGACCUCGUUUGAGCCCGAGGGGCUGGGUAAUCUAGUGGAGGGAAUGGACUUCCAUAAAUUUUACUUUGACAAUCUCCUCUCCAAGAACAGCAAGCCCAUCCACACCACCAUCCUCAACCCCCACGUGCACAUGAUCGGAGACGAGGCUGCCUGCAUCGCGUACAUUCGUCUGACGCAGUUUGUCGACGGGCAGGGCCGGCCCCGCUCCAGCCAAUCAGAAGAGACCAGGGUGUGGCACCGCAGGGACAGUCGGUGGCAAAACGUCCACUUCCACUGCUCAGGAGCUCCUGCUGCCCCUCUGCAGGGAUAAGGUACGCGACACUGAUGAGGAGGUCAAGAGAGGCAGACAGGGAAUGGGUGGAUAAUCUAAGAGAGAAAGAGAGACGCGGUGGUGAGAGAGAGGCGGAGGUGGAUGGACGUUGAGUUUAAAGAGUCUGAUUAUGGGAUGGUGGCCGUCCUCCGUCGCCCCACACACCCAGCUCGCUCUUCUCUCUCUGUCUCCCUACAACCUCGACAGCAGACGGCGACAACGAAGCUCCCAUCGCCGAAACCUACAGUACAGCAGAGGGCGUAUCCAUCAGCUGCUAAAGGAGACUGUAUAGUCCACAUCUUGUGUCCUGUCAGCCUGUAUGUGGCUGCAGUCUGACACCGCAACACACCUGGACAACACCCCCUGUGUCCUGUGCUCCAAUGUGGCACCCUCCUGUUCAAGAUCUCCCCUCAAGCAUAAAGUUAUUGUUCCUUCCCUCUGGUAUUAAUAUGGCUGCAGUCUGUCAUUGUGCUCUUGCGACUGUACAGUGUAUUUAUGAGUCACUCUAAACCAUUCCUCCUGUUAUUGUCUUCUUUUUUAAGACAAGCAUGACUCCUACCUGUUAUUCUUAUAACCUGUGGCUGUUUUUCUGCACGAAUAGGGCUGCCUGUGUGAAAUGAACAAGCCACGUGUCUCACAGAGAGAGAGACCAGUGGGUGUAUUUAAUUAUCUGUUUUGUUUAGUCAUUCAACAGAGUUUUUCUCCCUCUUUCCUCUGGAGUGUAGUGGACCCCAAACCCACGCCUCUGUGUUAACCGGGCCCCUCUGAGCCACUCUGUAAGACAGUGAAAACCAUGCAGCAUGCUAAGAUAUUAGUGUCGCUCUUAACCGAUUCUCUAUGUACUGAACAUUGCAAGUUAACUGCUAAAAUUAUGACAAUGGUUGACCUUCUAGUAUCACUGCUGUUUAUGUAAAUUUCCAGUUUCUCCGUGGUGACUUUACUCCAACUAUGCUGUAGAUGGUAUUUAAUUGCAUGAUAUUCAAGUUAAUACAUUGGUUAGUUGGGUGUUAUCGUGCAUUUUGUUGAUUUGUCUCCUUUUGGACUUAACUGCUGGUGAGCUAUACUCUAUUGCCUCUAUUCUCUGGGCUUUGUAAGUGCAUAAACUAUUUUUUUUGUGUUCAUAGCAUAGUGUAGGAUAUAAGGAUGCAGGUGGUGAUGAUAACAGAAUAUGCCUUUUAGAGAAAUGCUGGGUCCAGAUCAGAUUUUAUUAGAGACCAAACCCAGGAUCAUAGUUGAUCACUUUUACCUUUUACAAUCAAAAUGGCCCUGACAGGCUUCACAUCAGGGGGUUAGUUGUUUAUUUUAAGUGAAGAAGAAAUGCUAUGUGUAUUAAGAAUGC